GGUAGAGUUUAAAGUAAGUUUCUCCUUCUUCUUGGUUGUAUGGCGUGCAGGUCUGAUACGUUAUGGAUGUCACAAACAACAGUAGGGGCCAAAGAAAUCAGCGUGGUCAAACAUACAACAUGGAUGGUCGGAAUCCAAGGGAUCAAGACGACAAGAUAAAUGUCGGCCGAAGGUUCAACAACGAGGGGGUCAAGGACGAUGUGAGGGGGAUUUUGGGAAAAGGGAGCCAUAGCGAGAAAAGGCUUGCAGAAUCUCGCGGAAUGAGGUCAGUCGUAGUUGGUAAUGUGGAAGAGUCGCAAACUUCGGAGAUAGGCUUGGCGAAGAAAAGGAAGGUUGCGGACACCCUACAAAGGCUUAAGCGAUUGGAAGAUGGGGAUAGUUACAUGUCUUGCUUUCGAAGCUUCCGUCGCAAUGCGGAUUUUCCUAGCUUGGUUUUGGUAAACACGAUGGUGUGUUGCUUGCGAGUGCUUCGUGUCCAUAGUACCGUGCCAUUUACAUGGUUGAGAAAAGAGAUUCAUAGCGUUGUCCUCGUCUAUGUACGAGUUUACGAUGGUAGAGAGUUCCGUCCAAGAGUGUAGAGGUUCUAAAGGUACGGAGAACGGAGCAGCGAGAAGGCUAAAGACAAAAGGACACUUCCAUCUGGGGCAAAAAGACUAGAAAUAGUAAUUCCCCAAUAUUGGCGAGAAGUGCCAGAAUCU